AUGUCUGAUCAGGCUGCCCUGGAUCCCCACCUCGAGCCAGAUUUACUAGAAUCAGGUCCGCACGAAAGCAGCCCCAAGAUACCAACUUUGGCUGAGGAGCUUCUGGCCGAGACAUCAACGCCAGAGGUGUCACCCACAUCCCCCGAGGAACUGCAGCUCAGCUCCGACUCGUCUGACGAGCUCCCUCGACCCACGUCCCCGAACUACGCCAGGAAACCAUCUAUCUCGGCCCCGCUCGCCUCUCCUGUCCGCUCCCCUAGCCGUCACCGCGUCAACAGCCGCGCCGUGAGGAACAUCGUCUUCCGCAACAAGUCCUCCUCCCCGACCAAGCCUGGAAUUCCGAACAAGUCGGCAGUCUCGUCCAUCAGGUCAAACAGGCUCAAGCACAAGACCCCCCACGGCGAGGAGGUCUUCUUUGGUGUCUCUUUUUCGUCCGACGACGCUGCUGAACCUCCCGCGCUAUCCCUCCGUGAGAUCCGCUUCCCGCGCGGCGGUAGGACAGACAUCGAUCCCAACGCCCAAGGAAGAGCGGACGGGCCAGACGGCUACUUCUUCACCGACCCCGGCAAACCAACCCUCACCAACACGGCGAAUUUCUGCGCCUUGGGUGAUAGCUCGGACUUGGGAGAGGACGGAUACGAGCUCAGCGACGACGGCAGCACCAUCCGCUCUCUCGACUCGCAAGAGAACUGUCAACAGAGCAGCGAGCAUCCGACUGGAAAUCAACCAGCUCACAGCCCCUCAGGCACCCGCCCCAGCAACCCCAAAGACUCGUCCCGGACACCGUUCAGCCACACUGAUCUGGAAGACUUCGCGGAGGCUCCCUGGGCCCACUACCUCGAGACCCUGUCGUCUUUCCGUGCUCUCUCGGUAGAUAUCAUCGUCGCCUCGUAUGUGAUUGUCUCCACCCUGGGAGCCUCAACUGCGAAGAACCUGUACGCAACCGUCCGCUUUGACUGCCGCUUGAUCUGGGCCCUCAUAAGCAUCUGGGUCGACUUCUUCUGCACUAUUCUUCAGGCCAUUCACCUCUCUCUGUGGCUGUGGCUUGGGUACCUCAGCUUAUGCUGCCUCAAGCGCCUCCCCGAGAACGUCAUCGGAGAGCUGGCGAUUGACCGCGCUGCCGCUCUCGAUCGUGCCUGGCGUAAGCUCUGCCACUGGGCCACCCUCAGCAACAGCGCAGUGUUUACUCGUCCCGUUUCUACUGUCGUUUCCUAUCUUUGGCAAGUCGUCCCAAGAUGCCUCGCUCACCUCGGUCCUUUCCGCUGGACGACAGGCGCGAAACCAGACUUCCAAGGUUCUCAGGCGGAAGACGAAACGUCGGGCUCGUCUCAAUCUCCAACCAUCCCCCACCAGAGCCACCAGCAGAUUUCUGCGCGGGAACUCCCAGAGAAAGCGAAGGCCUCAGCACAAAAGCCGGCCCAGCUCGCUGCCCACCACGGCUCGCCCAAGAAGGCAGCUCAGCACCGCAAGCAAAGCCCGGUUGUCAAGUCCCCUCGACACAUGUCGACAGGAGCGGCGAUCACGGAGAUGAGGAAAGGAUUGUGGUCGCCUCUGGACCAAAAGAGGCACGUCGGAUUCGCGCCAGUCGGCCCAGUCUUGUACAACGGCAAGCUCGUGUCUCCAGAGCCUUCCAUCGCCGUCUCUCUUACUACCGCCUACCCUGUGCAACCGACAUACCAGCCUCGCAAGGCCAGUAAGCUUCACGAGAGUGUCCAGCCCUCGGAUUCGGAGACGGACGCUCCGGCUGCUUCUACUCUCCGAAUUCCAAGGUCCCGCACUCUCACAGUCUUAUCCAACAUAUCCCAUUCGCUCUCCAGAGCAUCACUCGGCAGCUUCGCAUCAAACCGUAACGUCAGCAAUUCAUCAACGAGCACUAUCCCCAUGUGUCGUGACGGCCCGGAACAAAGUAGGCACGCACAGGCACGGGCUUCCCUCCCUCGGGUCGUCGGCAGAAAGUCACUCGAGUCGCAGGCAGACAGUGGCCCUGUCGCGCCCCCUACACUGAAUCACCGUCUAGUCACCACAGCCAUGCCGGACUCGUACUGGGCUGGUCGCUUCCUAGGUCUCCACGACCGUUUCCACUCAGAACUUCUCGGGCCCAACAACUUGGAGAUUAUGGUUAACGCACACGCAUCACUUUCGGCCUUGCCGAAUCAGGACGGCACGGGGGAGCAGAAAUUAGCACAUAGAGCGGCAUGCAUGAAGCCCUCAGCUACGUCCUCGGAUAUUGUGCAUCGCCCUCGGGCUAUUUCUGGCAGCAAGAAAGCGCAGACGCGUGAUGCCGAGCGCCUAGAAGACGAAGACAACCGCUCCCGCCGCGUGUUUCUACACCUCGAGACAAUGUGCAUUACCAGGGAGGCGCGCGGGAGCCUACAGGCUUUCCAGCAGGAGUACGCCCGCAAGAUGAAGCGCCCAGGACUCCUCCCCCAGGGUGGCAGCAUGGAAGAUCGCGGCUUCAUCUCUCGUCUGAUAUCCGGAGGCAAGGUCGCGCCAGCAAAGGUUACUGUCACUGUCAGCAAGACCAACACAGCAGAGACGCCCAAGACUGGUGGACUCGGGAAACAGCUGAGCUACCUGUACGCCGCCGCCCCUUAUUAG